CGAAAAUCUCCAUGUUGUUUAUCUUUCUGUUAUUUCGUUCGUAUCAGUUGACUAUGGACUUUUAUUGUGCAAAACAAAAUAAUAAACAAUCCAAGUGAUGGCGUUUCUAAUUUCAACAAAAAACAGAUACAACUUAAAAGAAGCUCUAAAAACGUCUAAUUACGUCACGAUUGAUUGUCCAAUGCGAAUGCUCCUUUCAAAGCUCUUUGUCGGAGAUUUCAUGUUAUUAUUUUCUUUUUGUUAGGCAGCAGUGUUGUUGGACUCAGUCUAAAUAUUUCCAUUACUAUUUUCAUGGCGUAGAGACAUGAAUAACCACAAUCAUAAUAAUCAUUAUAGUAAUCACACUAAACACAAAUCAGAGGAAAAAUCAAGGCGCAAGAGAAGGAGCAACUCCAAAAAUGGCGCUCCCCCUUGCUCAUUUGACUGGACAAGUAUCUCUCAAUCCACAUAUGAAGAUGAUGCUCUCAUCAAUAAGAAAUUGCCAAAAGAGUUGCUUCUUAGAAUCUUCUCAUACCUUGAUGUUGUGUCCUUAUGUAGAUGUGCCCAGGUUUCUAAGUACUGGAAUAUGCUGGCCUUGGAUGGUAGCAAUUGGCAAAAUAUAGAUCUUUUUGAUUUCCAAACAGAUAUUGAGGGUCGUGUUGUUGAGUAUAUGUCCCAAAGAUGUGGAGGCUUUCUCAAGUCACUUAGUUUAAAAGGCUGUCAGAGUAUAACAGAUACAGCAUUACAAAAUUUUGCUCAACAAUGUCGACAUAUAGAGACUUUAAUUCUAAGCAAAUGUACUAGUAUUACAGAUUUAACUUGUGAAAGUUUAGGUAAAUACAGUUCUAAAUUACGGAAGCUGGACCUUACAUCCUGUCCAGAAAUAACAGAUGCCUCACUCAAAUACCUUAGCAACACCAGUCCUACCAGUACAGGUCAGAACCGAGGAUGUCCACUCUUGUCUUAUCUAGAUAUCUCCUGGUGUAACAAAAUAACCAAUGACGGAGUUAUAGCUUUAGCUCAGGGCUGUCCUAAGCUCAACACAUUUUUCUGUCGUGGGUGCAGUCAGAUUGGCAACGAUGGUAUUGAGAUGUUAGCCACAUGUGUUGAGAACUUGAUGAAACUUAACAUACAACACUGCCAGAGUAUCACAGAUGAAGCAAUCAUUAAACUUGGUCAGAAGUGUCCAGGACUAACUCUUCUUUGUGCUUCUAUGUGUAAUCGCCUUACAGACGCCAGUUUAGUGGCUCUAGGAAAAGGUUGUUUAGAGCUAAGAACCUUAGAAGUUUCAGGCUGUACUUUACUCACAGAUAGUGGAUUCCAGGAACUGACAAGGAAUUGUCAUAAACUUGAGAAAAUGGAUUUAGAAGAUUGUAUUCAGAUCACAGAUGCCACGUUAGGUCAUAUAGCUAGCCAUUGUCACCAACUCAAUGCCUUGUCACUUUCUCAUUGUGAGCUUAUUACCGAUGAAGGGAUUCGCCAGAUUGGCUCUAGUAUUUGUGCAGCUGAGAAUCUGCGCAUUCUUGAGCUUGAUAACUGCCCCUUGAUAACGGAUGCUGCCUUGGAGCAUUUGCAAGGUUGCCGAGCACUCCAACGUAUAGAAAUCUAUGACUGCCAACUUAUCACCAGAGCAGGCAUUCGCAGGCUGAGGAAUCAUCUCCAAGAUAUUUUGGUGCAUGCCUAUUUUGCACCAGUGACUCCUCCCCCUUCAGUUGGAGGUGGCAGACAGAGGUACUGUAAGUGCUGUGCUAUCCUCUGACUCGUCUAUCAGCUGAUGAACUAAUGAGUUCAGGAAAGUUUGCUGCCUAUUCUGAAGUUGAUGUUAACAGAAACAAAAAUACAGUUGAGUGAUUCGCAUUGCAGAGACACUAUAAUUCAUUUCAAUAGGAAACAAUCUUGGAUGUGACUUACUAAGUGAUCCACAUCACCUUUGACCUGUCAACUUUCUGAAUGGAUUCACUAAAAGGAUUUAUUUUUUCUGUUUUUUUUUUGACAACUACAAGGGAACAGACUUGUAUGAGUGAUUCACAUCAUUAUUGAUUCUAUAUCCAUUCUGCUGACCUCAAUGUGCUUGGCCUUGUACCCCUGCGACAGAUAAUUAAUUCAUUUACUUGACACUAAUAGUCCCUUUGUUGAUCUAAGAGUGUAUGUAAUUUUAUCACAUUCACAUUGUUUGUAAUUUUAUUACAUCUCAAAGUGUUUGUAAUUCUAUCACAUUUCACAUUGUAAUUCUAUUACAUUUCACAUUGUAAUUCUAUUACAUUUCACAUUAUAAUUCUAUCACAAUCACACUACAUCCUACCCAUCAGCUCUCAUCAGUACAUUUUAAAAUUGUUAUCUACUUAAUUUCAAAGUGGUAAGAAUCUUAUUUCAAUUCAAGGUUUCAGCUUCAAUUUGUUGAAACAGUGAUUUCAAAGUUUGUUAAAAAAAACAAAACCCAUCUCUUAUUCUGAUCUAAAAAUACCUAACCAUGCACACUGCCUAUAUGUAUUAUUUCUUUGUGCUUUCUCAGUUUUUCUAUUCAUUGUCACUGCAUCACAGCUAUUUUGUUGGACAAAUUGUAUAAUCCUUACAAAAUCCAGAGCCAAUCUAAGAAUGUUCAUAGUGUGUUAAAACCAUAUUUGUCUGAGCAUUUGUCACUGGAAUGCUAACUGCCUUUUCUAAGUUGUUAAUGUUGUAAAUUUUUUUUCCUCAUUAGUUAUUUCUGUGUACUGAAGUCCACUUUACUUUACCUUUUUUUUUGUUGAAAUAUUCAUCCCACCUCUGACCCAUUCUGUUUCAUUAGAUUGGGUAAAUUGUGAUGACUCAUUUCUAAUAUGUACAUUCGUAUGCUAAAUGUAGUUUUUUCGUGUGAAAUAGAAAAUAUGUUUGAGAUUAUAUUGAAUAUUAUAGAUCUUCUAUGACAUGUCUGAAUUGAAUGUUUGAACAUCAAUCACUUAAAAGUUAAGGACAUUUAUAUAUAUGGCUCCUCCUGUCUCGAAAAACAAUGGAUUCGCCCAGAUAAAUUACUGGUGUUGUUUUUUUUUUGAUUCACGGCAGGAUCUGCCUGCGACUAAACAAGCCGCUUCUGAAGCAGCAAAGUUUGCGGCAGUCAUGUAAGAGAUGUCAUCUGUUUUAAGACUAACUGAUUAGAUGUAAAAAAAACUGAGGUGGCCUUCGGCAAGAGAAAAGGAGAGGUGCCCUAACAAACAUGAGUAAUGGACCAUGAAAAAAGAAAUUUUUCAUACAAAAGAUUACCUUGUUAUAAUGUAAAUAUUUUUUUCUCUUACACCUGCUAUGUAAUAUUGUGUUUCAGUUCUAUGGUAUUACUUCCUUCUACACUUUGCGCCACCACUUUUGUUUUAUGACUUUGAAAAAAAAUUAUUUUGGCAUUUGAAAUUGUGGAAUUUUUUCUAAACAAUAAUUAUUGAACAAAGUCAAAUUAUUAUUUCGGUUUGUCUCAGUUAUUAGGAGAUGAAGAUUUUUGGUUGCUGUCAUUGUUGCAGUCUAUUUAUUCUUUACUCCACUCCUUUUGAUAUCUGAUGGGGGGGGGGGCAGUGGUGUAGCUAUUGGGGAGGGGGUGAAUUUGAAAUUGAGGGAGGCCCCAAAUGAGUGUUCCAAUUUAAAUUUUUUUUUACAUUAAAUAUUAUGCCAUUAUCUCUUGUCAUGAUGCCGAAUGUCGAAAUGCAGAGGCUUCUAAAAAGGUCAAGGCCCCCUAACGAUGGCAAAUUCAUUGCUUCGCCACAAGGGGGUAUCUUGUCAUUGUUCCAUAGUGAGAAUCCAUGGAGUACUGCAGUGCUAGUAAAAGAAAAAAUGUGAUUUGGUUAAAUGCUUUAUUUGUUACUACUAUUUUCCUGAUUAACUGACUCCCACCACUAUUGGCUGAAUCCAGACAAGUUCUUGUCAUUAUUCUCUAUUUUAAAACAAGUGCCCUGUAAUCCACACCGUAAACAUGGCAGCCUGGUUGUGUGGUAUGUGCUCUUGACUGUCAUCUCGAUGGUCCCAGGCUUUAACACUGCCCACCGUCAAUGUCCUGUGGGAUUCGGACUAGGAUGGAAAAAUCUUUAAUUCUGGAGAAACAUAGAAACAUGUUGAACAAAACUAAACAAAACAUCUGUGAUCAACAUUGUUCUUUUUUUAUUAUUAUUUAAAACAGGAAUCUAAAUAAAACUGUAGUUAGGUUUUGGAAUAGGAGGCGCAGUGGCUGAGUAGUGACGUGCUUGGCUUCCGAAUCAGGAGUUAAAAUCCUGGUGAAGACUAAGAUUUUUUUUUGAGGAUCUUAGGGCUCCUCUGGGUCCACCUAACUCUUAUGGGUAUCUGACAUUUGUUGGGGAAAAGUAAAGGCGGUAUGUCAUUGUGCUGGCCACAUGACACCCUUGUUAACAAUGGGCCACAGAAAUAAUGAGCUCUACAUCACCUACCCUAUAAGUUGCAAAGUCUAAAAGGGGAAAUUUAAGCUUUAUGUUCUGGAACAAUGUAUAUAUUGUUUUUUCAAAAUUAUUCCAAAUCAUUUUGAAAGAGAGAUCUUUUUUUUUUUUUUCAUGAUUUAAAUUUUGUAUCUUAAAAUGUUGUGUUUUUUUUUUUCAAGUAAAUAUUGUUUCGAUACGUUAAUUAACCAAUAUUUAAUGUUGUAUUCAUGUACUCAGCUUUCUGUAUAAAAUUAGCCUCCAAUCCAAUGUGCAAUAACUUUCACUUAUCUCAGUGAUGUUUUGGUCGUAUGUUGUCCCAUAAAAUCUGGUGUGGCGAUGAACACAUACAAAAAAUGUGAUAUAAAAUGUAACUUGUAAAGAAUCUGUCCAAAAAUAUUUUGUAAACUAUACUUUUUUUUUUUAACUAGAGAGUAAAUGUUUUUGGUUAACAGAACACAGAGAAGACCAAAGUACAUUUUUUUGAAGUAAAUUUUGUUGUAUUCUGUGAAUGACAGGGACAUUGUUCCAAUUAUACAUUUCACUACUUUAUUUUUUAUGAUCCAAAUAGAAGAAAAUAUUUUUUUUUUUUUUUUUUUAAGUCUAAUGAUCAAUAGGGAGCUAGCCACAUCAAUUGAGCUUAAUAUUCUUUUAUUUAUUAUUAAAAUAUUUAUUUUUUUACUGGUUUCAAAGGCCCCCACCCCCACACUAUUCCGGAAAGGUCAUAGGAAGAUGGGCAUACAUUUUUCCUUGGAAAAGAUUUAAUUUUAUUUAAAAACUAAACCUUAAUGAAAACCCAUAAAAAAACAUUAUAUUACAAUAAAACAUUAUAUCAAUUAUAGCAUUACACCUAUUAGUACUAACAGAAUGUGUUACUAAAAGGACCCAAUGUUACGUGGUUUAACAUGUUCAUGUGGUAAUAGCCUCGUUUUAACCUUGAUUCUAUUCACUAUCUUAAGUGUACUUCCCAGUACUCUACAUAGUGUGUUAGUUGAUAAGUUGAUGCUGUUACUACAUUUUAAACUGAGCUUUCAUAUCUUCUGUACACAGAUUUUUUUUAUUGUUGUUUUGAAAAAUGGUGUUGAUCAUUGUAGGGCCAAGCAUUUCAAAAUUGCUAUCGCAUCUUGUCAUAAAUGUAAUACAUAAGACUUUUUCUAACACUUUUUAAAAUCCGAGUGACCAAGUGUCAUGUGUCACAUUGAAUGCUCGUUGGCCUCCUCAAGCCGUAGAAGGAUUUAUUUCAUCGAGCACUUUUCCAUGUGAUGUAGAGCCCUAUUUAGAGAGACAUUUAACUAUAUAUGCAUGAAUGUGAGUCCUUAUCUCCUAUUUGAGAUUCUGUUGUUCCAAACUGUGGUCCAUAUGUUGACUUGGAUAAUUCAAUGACCGUUAGUUGCAUGUGUAGAAUAGUUAUUAGGGGCAUUGUUUUUUCUGGUAUCGACUGGAUUCAUUGGAAUGACUUUAAUAAUAGAUGUAGAAAGCUGAACUGGUUGAAAUUUAUUUUGACAAGCUAAGAACGAUGUGGUUUGUUAUGAUAAACUACUGAAUGGUCUAUUAUCAAAUUGGGAAAAAUUCUGGCAAUUUUUUUUUUUCAAUUUGGCUGCAAACUGCAACAUUUUGUCCCUGAUUAUUAAACUAGAAAGUUCAACUCAGGAAUGUAUGUAGUUAAGUUUCAAAGUUGGAAACAAAGAUGCGACUGCAUUGGAUCGCUACAGAACAUAAUAGUCUACGUUGAAAGAGUGCCAGUACAUGUAAGAUGUUUUCAGUUCCCAAGUGAUGUACAUGAUAUUGGUCUAAGCUUUAAAAGUGAAAUGUUAUCUAUUUGAAUUGAACCAUUUUUACUUUUUUAAACUUUAAAUAAUGGUACCUGACUUGACUCGUGCAACCAGCUUGAUCACAUCAGAAUUUUAAACAUAAAAAUCUCAUCAUUUUCUGUUCUCCAUCAAAGUUUAAAAAAAAAACUUUUUUCAGCCCGCUGCAAUACAGAAUUUUAUUUAAGAAAUAGAAGUUAUAUAGUAUCUGUUAUCUAUAUCUUAGUUUCAAAAGACUCGUUAGAUCUAGAAGUACUGUUGCCUAGAACUAGCCAAAGUUGGUAGGGUUAUCCCCAUUACUAUAUAAUUAACUAAAAUCAGCUGUUACCUAUAACAAAUUAAUCAUGGAAGCAUCAGAAGCAAGUUUAAAUUGGUUCUGUUAAGAGAACAACGCUUUGGAAAUCUUUUUUUAUAGCCAUAAAUAAAUAAAGUCCCAUUUCAGAUUUUGUGUUAUAUAGGGCAGAUGAUGUAAAGGUCAUCUGUUUCUGUGUCAGAGGUUUGGAAACCAAGCCCUUCACCACUCUGCAACUGGGCCUCCAGAGCCACUAGAGAUACAUUGUUUUUUUGUGACUUUAAAUCAAAAUUUUAUUAUUGUGCAAUACUUUGUACAAAGACACUGUUUAAGAAACAGACACAAGUACAAAUAAAAAGACACUGUUUAAGAAACACAAGUACAAAUAAAAUGUAAAAAAAAAAUAACAUUGAAUCACAGUUUAUAAAAAAAAGUUUAAUUUAACAUAAAAAGAUCACUUUGGUUUCUCAUUUUCUAAAUAGACAAAAAUAUAUAUUUAUUUAUUGCCUUUCUAAUUAUUAACAGCACUUUCUGUAUGAAUGAAAAUAUUAAGAUAUUGAAACUAAGUUGAUUUCCUUUUGCAAUCCUUUACACAAUGUAAAGAAAAAAAAGCAUUUCCUAAAAUUAAAUUGUAGUUGUUUUUUUAAUGUAAAAUUACUCAUACUCCCCAUAUAAGGAUUUAAGUACAUUUUAAAACUUCUCUUACGAAUGUCAGGCAUAAGAUUUGGAAGUAAUGUACAUACAUUUAUUUUUACACUGUUUAAUUGAAAUGGUGCUCUGGUCUGCUGGUUGCUUUUUUUUUU